CUGGAGUGAGACAUUGGCAAGCUUCAUCGAUGCAGAUGAACAGCAUACUCGAUCUGCCACCAGAGCUUAUCCAUGUCUGCUUGUCAUACCUACCGCUCUCCGACAUCCAUACCCUCGAGCACUUCGUCGGAAACACCCUCCUCCGCUCGCUCAUCGCUGGCUCAGUAGCCAUCGCGUACCGCCGCGCCCUCGACUCCGCAUGCGUGGAGGAGAGCCCGGCAUUCGCACACCCCGCAUCGUCGCCCCCGCCUGUCUCGGACCGCCUGCGGCUGCUGCGCAGGACGAACGAGCGCUUCGCGGCCUUCGACCCGGCGCACCGGGCCUCGCUCACCGUGCCGUUCCCCACGACGAGCAUCUACGACCUCGCGGGCGACGUGUUCGUGCUCGGCGACGGGUCCGGGGAGAUGAUUGACGGACGCUGCACAGGCGUGCGCGUGCUGCGGACGCGUGCUGCUGCUGCUGCUGCUGCGGCCGCCCCACAGAGCGAGGGACCGGCCGAGGGUGUGGAUGAGGAUGUGUGGCGCAGGAUCAACGCCGGGAAGCCGGUCAUCGACUUCGGGCUGGCGGUGGAGGAGCACGAUCUCAUCGUGAUGGUGACCUACGUGUCGCUCGAUCAGACGCGGCGCCAGAUCGACGUCUCCUUCUUCCAUUUCUCGUCUGGCGCGCCCCACUCGCAGGCCCGCCAGCAUGUGCUUCCCGUGCAAGAGACGGACACUACGCACGGCCCGCCGAGCGUGUCGAUCGAGAUCGUUGGCGAGAACUUGGCGAUGUCGCUGUUCUAUGGCAAUGCGCGGACAGCGGACAAAGACAGCCUGCAUGUCUUCAACUGGCGCACAGGGAUCCGCAAGAAGAGUGACUUCUUCCCUCUCAGCUCGCCGGGCUUGAUCUUCCUGACACCAAGGCACCUCCUCUUGCCAGACGUCCGCGUGCAAUGCUUUGUCGUCGUCGAAUACCCCGACUCCGACAGCGAGGACACCGAGCCAGAGCUAUCGCUCCUCGAGUUCCCCGACAUCAAAGGCGGCCAGGAAGUGCUCCACGUUCAAUGCCGUGUGUCGCCCACUGCAGCCGUGUCCCCCACUCCCCCCGCGCCAUCCGCGCCCUCGUCACGCUUCGUGCCGCGCGCAGAGGACGCGAUCAUCCUCCUCUCCUUCACGAUGGGCCGCUUCGACCAGCAGGGUCUCUUCGAGGCCGCCGACGAUCACAUCUUCAUCGUCUCGAAGCGGCCGCUGUACGACAAGCUCCUCCGCGGUCCGAUGGCACGCGAACGCCUGAGCUGGGACGAAUGGGCCGCGCCGGCGAUGUGCUACCUCGACGGCGAGGACCUGCACUUCCGCUACAUCACGGUCACGCACGGCCAGCGCCUCGUGUACAUCGACCACGCGGCGGCGGAGGCGCGCGCCCCCGUGCGCGUCCUGGACUUCAAUGCCGGCCGCUUCGAGGACGCGCUGCGGCGUGGUGCAGUCGAUGGCCCGCAUGCGGUCGUGCAGCCCAUGGAGGGUGGCAAGGUCAGGGGCACUCUCAGGCAGUUCCGGGCGUUCCGCCGGCCCCUGGUUUCGACGCUGCCGUAUGUGGAGACGACGUCGAAGGAGCUGUUCGACUGGGGCGCGGCGAUCAUCAACGACGAGUGUAUCCUGGGCGUGCAGUUUGGUGUGAUCGCCCAUGCGCUGUCCCUGGAAGUCUUGCAUUUCGGGGAGCUCUGCGGGUUCGGAACUCCCACGCUCGUGGAGGGUUCGACUGUCCUUUCGACUGGAGCGGACUUCACGAUCAACGGCCCGCUCGUCGGUGCCGUAUCUUAUCUCCAGACCGGCAAAUGCGGUCUGCACGGCGAGGGAUGCACCACGAUCGACGUGACGCUCAAGAACGGGUCGUGCACGGCGGAUGUCUCCGACGCGCCUCCACAUGCGUUCUCUGUGGCGUCUGGUUUCGGGUAUUUCAAUGGCUGUGACGGAGCUGGCUCGGACUGUACCAUCCCUGGGUGCCCCAACGGGUUCCAAGGCCUCCCGGGACAGCCGGUCGUCGUCGGCUGCCAAACGGCCAACUGUAACCUCGCGUUGACAUGGGAUGGGACUGCGAAGGAGAGCAGGCUGAGGGGAGACGGGGCACAUCCUGCGCUGGACUCCAAGCCAGAGAGCCCGAGACUCCCCGAGAGGCCCCAGGCCCCGACGUUCAACUACCCACCACGCAAACGCAUUCUCCGUCCAGGCUCGCCAGCCCACCUCCGCGGACCCACCAGCCGACUUCACGGAGAUCCGCCACCGACCACGCAGCCGGGAUCACGGUUCGAAGAAGCGCGCAGUGUGCGUAACGGGGCGAAUUCCUGCCAACUCUUCCAGCGCACUCCUAAUCGUCGUCGAACCUACUUUGGCGUCCGUGCACCAGUCGCUCCUCCCCGGAUACAGCCCGCGCGCCUGAUGCUUGCGAGCGUGUCGACCUUGGUGCCAGGGCCCCUCAAGCGGAAACGCGGGCUGCGCGGAGUGGUGACGAAGUCGGUGGAAGGACACGCGCAGGACGCCUUGUCUGCGCGAUAUGCUGCAGCCGUAUCCUCCUCCUCCUCUUUACCUUCAACGUCCUCGACACAUCCACAUCCACACGCGCACACGCACACGCACACAUCCUCUCCCUCUGCCGCCUCCUCCUCGACCUCGAAGACGUCCUUGCGGCCCCGGGGCCGCGCAGAUGCGCAACCCGAAACGGAUGCUCGUGAUGCGCGCCGUGGCGAGAUGCUGCAUGAUGCGGAUGCUGAUGCUGAUGCACCUGAUAAUCGCGAUGGCGAUGAUGCUGAUCCCCGGCCCCGCUCCAGCAGCGCACGUGGGCGCAGUGAUAGCCGGAGCCCCAUUCAGUACGCCGAUGCGCAAGCCGAGCGGGCCCCGGGCCCGGCACUGGCCGCGGUGCGCAUGGUUGGGCGCGGCGGGCGGGGAUCGCGGCCCCGGGCUUUGCCGUCCUCUUUUUUCUCCACUCCCACUUCUUCGACUGCUGCUUCUGCUUCUGCUUCUGCUUCUUCUUCGUCUUCUGCUGCUUCUGCUUCGGCCUCGGCGUAUAUGCGCGCAGCCCAGCAACAGCUCGCUGGGACGCGCAUCGUCGGCCGCGGUGGCGUCGGGUCCAAGCCGCGCGGUCUGGCGCUCGUGCCGGCUGCGGUGCGGGUCGAGCCUAGGGCUGCUCCCCAUGUCGACGCGCGUAUCGAUGCGGAGUCGGUCCAGAUGGUGUAUCGCCCGACGGGGCGCGGCGGUGCUGGCUCGCACGUCCGGGUGAAGAAGAGCAAAAAGCCCAAGACAAGAGACGAGGGGAAGGGUAAAGCGAGAGACGAGUUCCGGCUGUUGCCGUGGAUCGCCCACAGUCACAGGACGCAUGCACCCGCACCCGCACCCCUCCCACCUCCCCCGCUGGACCCUCAGGUCCGCGCCCCGUUGUUCGUGCCCUCCGCGCGAGGGAACAAGCUCGCGCGGACGUUGGGGAUGGAUAUGCCCUCCUCAUUGCCUAGUUCUCUCCGUGCAACACCCCACGCAGACGUCGGCAGGCUCCGAAGCCGGGCGAGCCUCAACACGCUCACACCCACCCGCGAGCGUCAAGGCGACGACGGCGACGACGACGACGACGACAGGAGGACCAUCUCGCGAUCCGCGUCCCCCGUGUCCGCAUCCCACGCGUUCUCGCAGGAGGGCAUCGACGACGGGUACUACGAGGACGACGAAUACGAGGACACCACCGGCAUGGCGUACGAGGACUGGAUCAACGACCAGUCCGAGCUGUACGACCUCCGCUUCGCCUCGCCCACAUCCUCCAACCGCUCCUCCGGCGUGCGCCUCGACCACCCGUCGCUCUCGUCCGGCGAGGUGCACGUGCAGCCGGACAUGGACUUGUCGGACUCGGACUACUCGGACGCAGACGCAGACGCAGACGCGCUCGAGGCGGAUUCGGUCCUGUCGAUGGCGUCGGACCUUGGGUUCGACCUCGGCUUCGACCUCGGCUUCGAGUCGCGCUCGGCCACGCCGACGCCGGAUAUGUUCGCGUCCGCGAAGCACGCCGCGGCGGUGCCCUUUGCUCACUACGGCGGCAUCCUCGACGGCGGCGAAGAUGACGAGGACGACGAUGCGGACUCGGAGGGCGAGGUGUGGACGGGCGAGUGGAAUCGCGGGGACAUGCAGAGUGUCAUCCGUGAUUUGAGGGCGUUGAGGUUCGAUUCGCACCGUUUAUAUUGAUAUUGAUAUACGCAUAUAUCCAUACAUUCCUUUGUUCCAUAGAUUUUCGCUCUUCGAUUCGCUUUUUUAUUAUUAUUAGUAUUGAUAUUCCAACCACAGCAGCACGUGAUUAA